UAUCACGAAGAUGAGCGGAAGAGGCAAAACCGGAGGCAAAGCCAGGGCUAAGGCCAAGACCAGGUCAUCCCGCGCCGGGCUCCAGUUCCCCGUGGGUCGUGUUCACAGGCUUCUCCGCAAGGGCAACUAUGCUCAACGUGUGGGAGCUGGCGCACCCGUCUACCUGGCAGCCGUGCUCGAGUACCUCACCGCUGAGAUCCUGGAGUUGGCCGGCAACGCGGCUCGUGACAACAAGAAGACUCGUAUCAUCCCCCGUCACCUGCAGCUGGCCGUCCGCAACGACGAGGAGCUCAACAAACUUCUCGGAGGCGUUACGAUCGCUCAGGGUGGAGUGCUGCCCAACAUCCAGGCGGUACUUCUUCCUAAGAAGACCGAGAAGGCCGUCAAGGCCAAGUAAAGACUAAACCUCAGUCUCACUUUAUCCAAAGGCUCUUUUAAGAGCCACCCACUAAACUCUUCAAAAGCGCAUUGUCUUACAACUCUUAUAUGAAAGGUACAU